UCCUUCAUUUGCACUGAUGGAGGUUUAUGCCAAGAAAAAACCAUCCAAGAAGGCAUUAGAGGAACUGGCAAGGAGACAGAAGAAUGCUUUAUUUGGAGAUAAUUCAGAAUCUGCUGCUGCUGCAGGUCAAGGAGCAGGUGAAGCAAAAUGGGCUCUGUAUCAUUGCAAUUACUGUAAGAAAAAUAUUACCGGAGUAAUCCGUAUUAAGUGUGCCGUGUGCCCCGAUUUUGACUUAUGUGUUGAGUGCUUUUCUGUUGGAGCUGAGCUGACACCCCACAAAAGCAAUCAUGAUUACAGGGUCAUGAAUAAAUUGUCUUUUCCUCUCGUCUCCCCGGACUGGAACGCAGAUGAAGAAAUGUUGAUUCUGGAGGGAAUUGAAAUGUAUGGCCUAGAAAAUUGGGCAGAAGUUGCUGAGCAUGUUGGAACUAAGAACAAAGAGGCAUGCAUGGAACACUACAUGAAGUUUUACUUGAACUCUCCAGUCUUCCCUCUUCCGGACAUGUCUCAUGCUGUUGGGAGAAGCAGAGAAGAACUUCUUGCAACGGCGAAAGGGUCGGAUUCUGGGCCCUCAGUCAACACACAUGCUGCAGCUGGUGCUAACAAAAAGGCAUCCAAUAAAGGUCGGGGAAAAGCUAGUUUGCGGGAAGAUUAUCCAAAGGACGGAGAUUUUGGAGGAAAUAAGCCAAAUUCCUCAAGAAAUGAAGGUCGUACUUUGGUUGAAGCCAGUGGUUAUAACCCGAAAAGACAAGAAUUCGAUCCUGAAUAUGAUGAUGAUGCUGAGAAAUUACUCGCUGAUAUGGAGUUUAAUGACAAUGACACUGAGGAGGAGAUAGAGAUCAAACUUCGUGUGAUAAGUGUCUAUAAUAAAAGGCUUGAUGAAAGAGAGCGCAGGAAGAAAUUCAUACUUGAAAGAAAUUUGCUACAUGAAAAUCCAUUUGAGAAGGACUUAACACCCGAGGAAAAGGCAAUAUGCCGGAAAUAUGACGUGUUCAUGCGCUUACAUACUAAGGAAAAGCAUGAUGAAUUGCUCAGAACUGUUAUCUCUGAACAUAGAUAUCUGAAAAAGAUUCUAGAGACUAAGGAAGCAAUUGCUGCUGGUUGCCGCACAUCAGCUGAAGCCGAUAUAUAUCUGGCAAAUAAGAGAAGAAGUGAAGUUGAAGGAAGUGCUCGCGGGGUAAGAGAAAAUACUCACGCGGUCCCGAACAAUCAUGGCGUUCCGAAUGCAUUGAUGUCUCCAGACUCUGCUGGUACCAGACCUGCAAGGCCAGCUACUUCAAGUGCUGUCAAUGCAACAAAACACUCUGCCGUUGAGAAACGUUUGUGCUGCGAGUUAAGGUUGUCUCCAACCGUGUAUCUGAAGAUGCAAGAGGACAUGUCGGUACAAAUGAUUGCUGGAAACAUCUCUUCAAAGUCUGAUGGUCGUCAAAUGUUCAAGAAUAUGGAUACCAUGAAAAUUGACAGGGUGUAUGAUAUGCUCAUUAAGAAGGGUAUUGGUUCCCCCUGAGACCUCUCUUAUUCUGUUCAAGGACCCCUUAAUAAUAAUCAGAUUAAAAUUAAGUUAUAUAUCAAACUAUAAACAUUUCUAGAUAUUUUUGAAGUUGAGUAUCAAGCUUUUGUAAUAAGUUUCUAUCUGUGGAGUGGAUAGAAGUGGUGUGUAUCGGAAUUUGCUAAGAUGUUGUUUUUGGGGGACCAUCACCCUUGAAAAUUUGUUGCACAUUAGUUGUUUUUUUUAAUUGUUUUACUAUUGACAUGUUUUAAGUUUGAAAAAUCUAUAGCUUGUCUCUUUGAGAUAUAGAAGAUUUUAUGUUUUCUCUCUUUGUGUGUUGCACGAUUAUCCUGUGGCUAUGCAUGCUAGUUUGGUUGCAUAUGGUUAAAGUUGAAACUCUAUAGUUUGUG